CACGUUCUUCGUCUUCUCUCUUGGGUUUCUUUUUCUUUCCUUCUUCGCAGAAGAAAUGCCCACUGCACGAUCUUCCUCCCAUGGCGCCGUCCAAUUGGCAAUGCCCAAUGUGGUGGACAUCUCGCCCUUCCGGAGCUUCCACUCGGCGGCGCAGCAAUCCAUUCCCUCCAUCUCCGGGGGAAAUUCGCGAUCGCUGGGCCACAAUCCAGGGCCCAAUUGCUUCGCCCCACAGGUGCUCCAGGCUGGAGAUCCACUGCUGAGCAAGCGCGCCGUGGAGGUCGCCCUGGAUGCCAUUGGGAGCUGCGCGAUCGAGAAAGUGAUCAAUGAUUUGGUCGCGGCGAUGAGGAAUUUGGGAGCGUCGGCCCUGUCAGCUCCUCAAAUCGGUCACGCGCUCCAGAUCAUUGUUCUUGAGGAUCCAACCAUCCAACAGCCUUCCAAGCUCAUGGUGAUUAUAAAUCCAAAGCUCGUAGUGAUCCAUCCGGAGGAAACCGAGACGUCGCUGGAAGAGUGUCCAAGCGUCUGUGGCUACUGUGCUCUCGUCGAAAGAUUCUCGAGAGUGAAAGCUACCGGAUUGAACAGGAGGGGCGAGAAGAUCCAGAUUGACGCCAAAGGCUGGCUGGCUCGGGCACUUCAGCACGAAAGCGAUCACUUGGAAGGCAUUCUCUUCGUCGAUAAGAUGGUACCAAAAUCCUUCCGGAGUAUCUCCUAAAGGGAGCGCAUGACACAUUCCUGUAAAUUGAUUUGUAAAUACUGUGUGAUAUGAUUGUGUGAAAUAAAGAAAAGCUCGUCAAUACC